AUGGGCGGUCUUACCCGCGUGAAUGAAUUCAAUAUAUCGAAUGCAAAUUAUUACUCUGUUCGAGUAGUAAAUUCAUCGGCCACUGUUUUGUCGAAAUUUCAACCCUGGUCAACGGAUGUGAUUGGCUCCGGUGGCAACACAACAUCCAUAGUGAUUGGACCGCGAACAAGCCGGGAACGAACGCUUCAUUUCAACAAUACUGUGACAUUACAGGGCGGUGUUGCGGGUUUUCUUUGCAGUGAGUACUGUCAAGCGCCGUUUUCACGGCUUACUUCGCUCUAUGUGAACAUGCAGUUUGAUAUAUCGGUGACAUUGGAAUAUUUGAAUCAUCACGAGCAGGCAACUCUUUCCGUUGUUCAGCAGGUGUGCUGUGUCCCGUCAGGUAAUUGUACUGCCACUGAAUGGCCGUGA